AUGCAAGAAGCUGCGCCAACAAUACCAAGACACUGCACGAUAGAUCCAAUAACAAACACGCCCACAUUGGCGAUGAUGGCAUAUUUUCGGGGAGAGCGUCUCGGCCAAGAACCCGGAAUAGAGGCACCCAAACCACGCUCCGAGCUCGAAGAUGGAGGUCAUCCAUCCCUUUUUUGUUUGGUCGUGCACCUAGACGCCUAUGUGGCUGCUAAACGAGGUCACGGUCAGGAUCCCAGAGAAGACACCUUGGUUGUAUCCAUAGACAAAGCCUCCAACGCAAGCGAAACAGGCAAUCCCAAAGACCUUGAUAUUCCAGGUGCCACUUUGCGUGGCCGCUGA